AUGUAGGAGUGUGGACACAGUAAUGUCAUGCAUUGAUGUUUGUACUGUACGUUUUGACCAAAUAAUUAUUACAGAUGAUUCGAGCUGUAUAAAGUGUAUACAGUGGGUUGUACAUAAUGUACACAAAGGUCAGAGGUAUGUACAUGCGACGGAUCUUCCCGAAACACGUUCCUCCCAGAGAAGCAGUGGAAUGGACCAAUCAGAGGCCUCGUUUCAUUGCAGGUACCCGGAUGUAACCGUGGGGCAAUUAGCUACGUCAUUGUUCACCGCCGGACACCCGCUGGAAAUAAGGGAUGGAUUUACAACCGAUAUUAACGUAUUCAUAACUGAUUCCAGCUAUGAACAAUGACCAUAGUUGACAGAGCUUCAGAGAAGUCUGACCACGAGUCAGUCGGGUGUAACCGAUCCUCCUUCGCCAGUGGAGACGUUGGGAUGGAUGGCAGUUGUUCCAGCAGCUGGGCAGUGGGCCCCUCCAUGCCCAAUGACUCUCCGAGGCUGAAGGCUCCAGGAGGCUGCCUGGGCCCAACGCCUGGAGCUGUUGUCUACAACAGUACACCCUCUUCUGUGGACCGGCCCAAGGAGCAAGUGAUAAGCAGUGGCGAUGGAAUUGACUUGCCCCAGAAGGUCCUGUUCUCUCCAGAGCGGCUUGUCCUAAAGUGGGCUCAAGUUCACCGCAUUGGUGCAGGCCUACAGAACAUGGGCAACACCUGCUUCCUCAACUCAGCCCUGCAGUGUCUCACCUACACCCCUCCGUUAGCAAACUACAUGCUGACACGUGAACACUCUAAAACUUGUCAUGAGCCAGGGUUCUGUAUGAUGUGCACCAUGCAAAAUCACAUCAUUCAAGUUUUUGCCAACUCUGGGAAUGUCAUUAAGCCCAUCGGUGUGCUCAAUGAGCUCAAAAGGAUUGCAAAACACUUCCGCUAUGGAAGCCAGGAGGAUGCACAUGAGUUCUUGCGGUACACAGUGGAUGCUAUGCAAAAGUCCUGUUUACCUGGAACCAAAUUGGACAGGCAAACACAGGCAACAACUUUCAUCCAUCAAGUAUUUGGCGGGUACCUAAGAUCCAGAGUUAAAUGUUUAAACUGCAAGGCAGUCUCAGACACGUUUGAUCCUUUUCUGGAUAUUACUCUGGAAAUUAAGACGGCUCCCAGUGUCUCCAAGGCUCUGGAGCAGUUUGUCAAGCCGGAACAGCUGGACGGUGAAAAUGCCUACAAAUGCACCAAGUGCAAAAAAAUGGUCACAGCCUCAAAGAGAUUCACAAUCCACCGUAGCUCCAACGUGCUCACCCUCUCACUCAAACGCUUUGCAAACUUCACUGGAGGCAAAAUCACAAAGGAUGUGAAAUAUCCAGAGUACCUGGACCUGCAGCCCUUCAUGUCCCAGUCCCAAGGGGAGCCCCAGGUCUACGCGCUGUACGCUGUACUGGUUCACUCUGGAUUCAGCUGUCAUGCAGGACACUACUUCUGCUAUAUUAAGGCCAGCAACGGUCAGUGGUAUCAGAUGAACGACUCCUCUGUGUCUGUGAGUGACAUCAGGUCUGUUCUCAACCAACAGGCCUAUGUCCUUUUCUACAUAAAGUCGACUGAUGUGAAAAAAUCUGGGGACUACAGCCACUUGAGUCACAACCCAGGUAUGUCUGGUCAGUCUUCUCCACGACCUGUGGUGAUACCACGGAUCAACACCACCGUCCACCACAACAACAUUGGCUUCAUAGGUCCCCAACUCCCACCACACAUGACCAAGAGCGCUCUCCAUGUUAACGGGAAUGGAUCGCUGAGGGACUAUGCCACCAGCUCCAAGCCCAGCACCAGCAGCAGCGUGGUAGGAAAACCAGGCCACGGACUGGCUUCUUGUUCCAUCUCCCACUCAAUCAGCCGGCCCACGAUGAUCCCAGACCAUGACAAACGGCAGAAGCUUUCCUUUUUUAUUGGCCAAGGCAAACAGAGCAGGCCGUCCUCCGCUUCCUCCUCUUACAGCCAGACGUCCUCCGCCAGCAGCUCCUCCUCCAGCUCUCUAUCCUCUUCACAGUCUACCUCAGACAUCCGCUCAGACGUUCGCUUUGUUCCGCGUCAAAUUAACCACGUUAACGGCACGUCUUGCAGUAACGGGGAUCACCACACAGGAGGGAAUGUAGCAUCGUUUUUGGUGCCGUACAGUCAAGAAUCGUCGGAGGAAUCGGACCAGGAGAACGGUGACUCUCUGGAUAACGGCUCGUUAUCCAAGGGUCAUGCGAAGGGAAAAAACGGCACAGCGGAUGUCUUUGACAGUUCUCCUAAAACCACCAAUGGAGAUUCAGGAGUGCACCAUAAUGGCAACGGAAUAAAUGGCAUCUCAAAAUCAAACCAAAACGGACACCAUUAUGGACACCACAAAGUUAACGGACACAGCACUCUUGAAAAGGUGUCAGGCAGUAAUCGUGACGGUUCAUCCUCUGUGGCCGCUGUGGUUAAUGGACUUGGCAAUGGCCAUAGUCCACCAAGCAAAGAGACACACAGUCCUUCUUCAACCCAGGCCAGUUCCUCUCAGACCAGUCAUCCCACGGCUAACGAAAGCCAGCUCUUCUCCACUCCCGACACAAGGGCUAAACCUCUGUCCGAACCCCCGCGUCACCAUGCAGCAUCCUCCGCUGUUAACUGUCCCCCUUCAGCUUCUGCUACAAACGCCCAUUCUGUUGCAUCCGGGGAAUCCACCGCUUCUCCCUCUUCUUCUAACGGCAACCCUGCGGCCUUAUCCACCCAGCCAGUCUGCUCUCACGGCACCGGUGAAACAUCUGCAGCUCCACAGAAAGACAGCGUAGACGGUGAAGCCAAGGAUCUACCACAUACCAAUGGUAUAUCAGCAGGGACUGAUAUACGCACAGAUGCUAAGGAGCAGUACCAGUCCAAGACCGGUUCUAGAGGCAAUGAAAGACAGUCUUCCCGCGACAGACUGCACUCCGACUGUGGUAGAGAAAGAGAGAGACACUACAGAGACAGGAGCCAGGAGCGAGAAAGUGACGGCGAUCGUCAUCGGUACAGAAGAGACUACCGAGACCACCACCACUAUCGCUCCAACAGAGAUUGUUUGCCUCAUUCUGAACGCCACUACAGGGACAAGGAGCGGGACCGUCACAGAGAGUGGAGUCCCAGACACUCCAGGGAGCACAACCGCGACAGACACUCUCAUCAUCACCGCUACCACCGAUCCAGAGAUGACGCGGACCGCGAGCGGAGGGGAUACCGACACGCCCACCACGAGGAGUCCCACGGCCACCGGAGGUGGCAGCAGGACAGCAGAGAGUCCCGGCCGACGAAGGACUAUCACCCUUCAGCAGAGCGGACUUCCUCGCCAGCCGCAGACACAAACAGGUCCAAGGGUUCCCACGCGCAGCCAAACGGCGACGAUCAAAGUUACAAGAGGACUGCUGCGUAUCUGAGUAAGGAGAGAGAUGACAGCUCCGAGGCUCGUCGGUCCAAAAAACACAAAAAGAGCAAGAAAAAGAAGAAGUCAAAGGAUAAAGACAGGCACCAUGAGAGCAGAAGCUCCGACGUGGAUUCUGACCGCACCACUGAAACGAAAAAGAAAAAGAAGAAGAAGAGGCGGCACCACGACAGCGACCCUGAGCUGCACAGCCCGAGUGCAGCGCGGAGCCACAGGAACAGAAGCAGCGAAGAAAGAGAGAGACGCAAGCGCCGGUACUCCGACUUUAAGGACUCUAAACACGAAAACGGUUUCUCGCCAGAAAAACGGCGGCGCACAGACACGGCCGAUGUCAGCAGUGACCAUCCGACCCGCUCCCAUCACACGCCCCCCACGAACGGUUCAGCCUACCACCAACUGAAUGGAUACACAGGAAAUGGUUACAGCCGAACCAACGGCAACUCCCACAGCAGUGAGCCGACGAAAUACUGACUUGACGCAUCCAACACCGUUUUAACAACAGCAGAGGAAUGACGACAACUUUUUGACGUGGUGCUUCUUCAUUGGGAAUAUAUUGUAUUUUUACCACAGCUAUAGUGUUUUAAAUGUUAAAAAAAAAUAUUUCCUUUUAGUUUUUUCUUUUUUUUUCUUUUUUUUUUCUGAACGGCCCAGUUGACUAAUCUGCCGUUAUUCUCCUAAUUAUGGUUAUAAAAAACAAACUUUCACAUGUUGAACAUUUAUGAUAAAUAUUAAUAUAUACUUGUACGGACACAAAGCCUGGAGCUUAAACAUCUCUGCUGCUCAGUGGAACUCAGGACUUGAAAACUUGUCAACAUCCACCACAGAUAUCCACCUGCUUCAAAUAAGAAUGAAACAAAAGGGAAAACGCCUCAGAGAAGAACUGUACGGCACCGCGUUGCAAGUUUAAGAUGUCACCAUAUCUACAGAGCUGCGAUGGUUUUUUCUGUUUAGUUUUUUUUUUUCUUUCAUCCCACUGCGAGUGGUCAAACUAACGGAGGGAGAUCUUUUUGAAUGAGAUGGAUGAGUGGGAACAAGCAAAGGCUUCGCUGACUGAUACCUCCAUGUUAACCCUGGACAGACUUGAGAACAUUUCCCAGCUUUUGUUUGUCUAAGCCUAAGAUUCACUCAGUGUAAUUUUUAAACUCCCUCACAAGAUGCAGAGAUUUCCUCUCUGGAUCAUGCCUCUCUCUCUCUCUCUCUCUCUCUCUCUCGCUCUUUCUUUUAUUUUUUUAUUUUUAAACAUUCAAAAAGAAACGCAUCACAACUUUAUAAUCAUGGCCGUGGACCAUCUGUGUUAGCUUUUUAAUGAAAACUACAGUUUGUGUAUUCUAGCGUCAUAAAAAAAAUACUGUGAAUUUAAUUUUGAACUGUACUAUCAGUUAUUUUUAUACGUUAAGAAAAAUCCUGUAUCAGGAUUCUCAGAUGUUUUUGUUUUUUGUUUUGCUUUGUUUUUAGAAAAACUUCAUUUUGACCAUGUUCUCUGGACAACAGUCGGUAAUGAGUAUGGUUUGCUUUGGGGUUAUUUUUCUUUCUUUUCAACUUUAGACACGUUGGGAAAAAAAAAACUGCUGUUAUACCUUUUUAGUUAAGCAUGUCAGAAUUUAUACAUUGUAUGAGGUAAAAGCCUUAAAAUACAUUUGUUAAUGUCAGAAAUUGUAA